GUAGAGAUAAACUUAAGAAGUUUAGAAUCAUUAAAAGUUACUUCAGAGAUGUAUGGGCAUUUACUCUAUCCCAUUUUAAUUAAAUUGAUUCCCGAAGAUCUUGUCCUUGAAUUUAAUAGAAAAAAAGUUGAUAAUUCGGUGAAGUUCGAAUUUAAUGUAACUGAAUUACUAAAUUUUUUAAGAAUUGAAAUUGAAUGUAGAGAAUCCUCUGCGUUUAUGCAUACCUCAAAAGGCGAUAGACGCAACGAAAAUUCGCUCCCGAAAGCGAAACAGAAUCCUUUCAACAACUUCAGUCGAAACACAGCUAGCUCGCAUGAUAUAUUGCGAAGUCCAAGGUCAAGCGCAAAACCGAAAGAUCUUCAAUGUUUUUCCGCGUCAGCAUUAAACGAAAAUUGUUUAUAUUGUAAAGGAGAGCAUCGAUCGGAGUUAUGUUCUCAAACCGACUUAGAAACGAAACUCGGUGUUUUAAAACAAGAUGGCAGAUGUUUUUUAUGCUUGAAGCCAAAACAUCGAGUUAAUGAAUGCCGCCAGAGAAGAUAUUUGACAUGUGAAAUAUGUGGAAAGAAGCAUAAUAAAUCUAUUUGCUCUCAAGCAGAAUCUAACAUGUCCGAUUUAAAUAAAGAUAAUAAGAACGUAAUUACCGCAAUUUCACAUUACGAUAAAAACAAAACAAGCUUCUUUCGCGGUAAUAUAUUUCUUCAAACAUGUGCAGCCCUAGUACGCAAUGAUGAAACAAAUGAAUUUGAAACAGUACGACUAAUGUUAGAUAAUGGAAGUAUGAGAACAUUUAUAACACGUGAAGUUUCAGAAAAAUUAAAGUUAAAAGUAAUAAGAAAAGAAUCUUUAUCGGUAUACUCUUUUGGCGCUAAACAAGCAAAGGAACAUUCUUACAAUAUAGUGAGAGUAGAAUUAAAAAACCGUGAGGAUCCCUCUUUACGUAUUGAAGUAGAAGCUUUGGUUACAGAAAACAUUUCAGCCACUACUCUUCCUGCACCUAACAACAAUAUUACUAAAACGUACAAUAAAUUGAAGCAUUUACAGCUAGCUGAUAUUAUUGAUAAUAGAGGCAAGAAUAUCUCAAUAUUAAUUGGUGUAGAUUAUUAUUAUGAAAUCGUUUCAGGCAGAAUAAAAAGAUUAAAUAACAAACUGGUAGCGACUGAAACAAUUUUUGGUUGGUGCUUGCAAGGCCACGUAGGUUUAUCAAAUGAUUUAAUGACCAUGAAGAUUGUAGUAGAUGAAAAGGAUAUUUCGGACCAACUUAAACAAUUUUGGGAUCUUGAGAAUUUAGGGGUAGAAGGGGUUGAAGAGGAUGAUUUCGAAAAACAUACUGUAGAUAAAGAAAUUAUGAAACAAUUUGAAGAAAAUAUUGUUUAUCAAAAUAAAAGAUAUACUGUAAAGCUUCUUUGGAAAACAAAUAUGAAAGAAUAUUUAGCUAAUAACUUUGAAGUGGCUAAAAGGAGGUUUUCGCAUUUAAAAUCAAAAUUUAUUAAAGAUAAUUCGUUGUUUUUAGAUUAUAAAGCUGUUAUUGAAGAUCAUUUAAAAGAAGGUAUCAUUAAGAAAGUUAUAACAUGUGAAGAAGAAAAACCUUCAUUUUAUUUGCCUCACAGGGCGGUAAUAAGGGAAGAUAAAACUACCACUCGUUUGAGAGUGGUAUUUGACGCAAGUUCUCAUGCGAAAGGACAGUUGUCGUUAAAUGAUUGUUUACAUACUGGUAUCAAUCUCAUUCCAGAUCUUUUUGAGAUUUUAAUAGGUUUUAGAGAACAGGCUGUUGCCAUAACUGCCGACAUAAAGAAGGCCUUUCUGCAAAUACAGAUUGCCGAAGAAGAUCAGAAUUAUACUAGUUUCUUCUGGACGGAAGAUCCGGAAAAGGAAGAAGAGGAAAUUUUCAAGAUGACUCGAGUUCUUUUCGGUGUCAAAUCAAGCCCCUUUCUCCUUGCAGCUACAAUCCAAUACCAUCUAAAGAGAUGGUCUCUCAUCCAGUCUCUUAGAUCCAAAUUUUGGAAAAGAUGGAGUCAAGAAUAUCUCAACUCCUUGCAGUCUCGAGCUAAAUGGAAACUACCUGAACUGAACAUCAAACCCGGACAGCUGGUACUCCUGAAGGAUAAUAGCAAGAGCCCCAUGGAAUGGAACUUGGCCCGAAUUGAAAGGAUAUAUCCUGGAACAGAUGGACUAGUCCGUGUCGCAGACAUCAGAACCCCUAAAGGAAUUUUUCGGCGAAGUAUCAACAGACUCUGCCCACUCCCUUUCGAAGAAGGUGUUGGACAACUGUCCAACGGGGGCCGGGAUGUUCCGUCUUAGAGACGCCUUUCCCCUAUUCCAGCUGUAGUCAUCAGGAAACCGGCGCAUGCGCAGUUUCUGUUGAACUUUGAUACGCUUCUUUUUUAUUACUUUAUGAUUCAGAAUUUUGUAAUGCCUAUUAGAGAUG